ACAAAGUAAACUGCUCGCUUUACUCUCGCUGUCCCGUGAACAACAUCGGCGUGGCGUUAAUUGUUUGCUGUUUUCGCGAUCGCGUCGCGCAUGAGGACAUCACCGGGUAAACUCGCGACAUUUUUAAACAUUUUGUUGUUCAACAGCAUCACGACUGACGGAGCGUGUUUGAGAUAACCUCACACGUGUCACAGGUGACACAUUUGGCGUGUUUUUGCUGGUUUGUCGGCAGCAGCUCCUGAAACGCAAGACUGCCGCACAUCUGUUCCACCAACGCCAGUUGAUCUAAACGCCAGUUGAUCUGGAACACCGGUCACGAAAGGGUUUUGUUUACAGCGUCCGCGUGACGUCAGAGUCAGCUGUGCCUCGCGCAAGCGCUGUCCGCGUGCACGCGCGUGUGUGGAUGAUUCAGCAGCAGCGGCUCGAGCUCUGAGCAUGUGCGGCACAAACAGACUGCACGCGGACAAAAGGCGUUCACGUUAGCGUCUCCUCUCCGUCAGGGCGCGCGGAGGUGAUCGUCGGCAGCGCGAGACUCGCCGAGCCCGGGAGGAGCAUCCACAGGCCCCACAGCUCAGCGCCGUUUACUGGGACUCUUACCGCUGCCCGGCCUCCAGCACAGCGCCAGCGGUCGGAUAUUACCUCGGCACAGCCCGGCUCAUAGCCCGGUUCAUCCCGGCUCACAGCCCCAUUACAGCUCGGCUGUCUUCAUCCAGCCGAGCAGCAUAUUUCCGCAUUUCGGCGUCAGAUGCUCCGAGUGGUUCGCAGAUCCUCUGACUCUGUGUCUCCAUGGUGAAGUGGGCGGGGUUUGAUGUCAGCCCCUCAUCUCGUCGACCCUCCCGCCAUGCCCACCAUGGUCUCUAGGUUGCCCAAGUUUGGUUCUCGGCCCAGAUCUCAGACGGCUCCCGCCGCCACCGCCGCUGUCAGCACCAGCGCUGCUGCUGCUGCCAGCGCCGGGACUCGCCUCACCAACGGGUUCUACCACCACCCUGGACCAUCAGGGGGCAACGGCGUCCUAACGGCGCCCCCGUCCUCGGCUAAACAGAAUGGAUUUAUCCGAGUGCCGAGUUCGAUUUCUGUGAAAUUGAGGAAAGAAAAUGGAUUGAUGGUGGACGGCGGCGGUGAUGGGGAGAGGGCGUGGAGCCGGGGGAAUGGCGGGCGGAAUCGCAGCAGCGUCCAGCAGUUUUACUCCCAGCGUGACGCCAAAAAAGCAGCCUGUGUGGAAAAGGGGCGUGGCUUUGGCCAGCCCGUGCCAUUAUCAUCAUCGCCGUCUCCACAGUCCAGCCCCGGCACGCUUCCUGCUUCCAAAAUCAGAUCCAACAAACUGAGUCCAUCAGGGCCGACCAACGGCGCCAAACACGCCCUGAACGGCGUUUCGGGGCCCAAACCGCGGCCCGGACCCGGCAGCUCUCUGAGACGGCCUCAGAGUUUCCUCUCUCGCGCCGGCGGUUCUGGUCCCGGAUCUCGAGCUGGUUCCCCGUUCCAGAAGAAGACUCCAGCCAACCGCUCGUACUCCAGCGACAGCCUCGGCUCCGCUGUCUCCGUCCGGCUCACUGAAGACGAUCGCUUUCGCUCACGGAGCCUCACCCAGGUCCGACGGCAGCCCUCCCCCACCCUCACCCCUUCCUCCGCCUCCUCCUCGUCCCUCUCUCAGUCCCCCUCCACCAGCAGGGCUCCACCUAAAGGCAGCCUGCUGAAACCACCUGUUAGCAGCCAGGCAGGUAGAGGCGGAGCCAGUGUUGGUUCUGCUGCUGCAGCGAGGACGGGGGUCUCCUCCCUCCUGCCUCCGUCUGCCUUAAAGAAACCCCUCCUACCCAGCCUGGGCCCCACCUCCAGGCCCAGUGGCAUCAGCUACAAGAUGUCACGCCCAACACUCAUCAAGCAGUCCCGCCCACUGCGAGCGACGACGGCCAAUCAGUGUGUAGACGUCCAAGGACUGAGCAGACGGAAGGACUCUGUAGAGACGCCUUCGACGACAGAAAACAGCCCAGGAAACACUCCAGAGGCUCCGGACGAGCUGCCGGCAUCCCAGGGAGAGGUGUCGAUUUUAGGGGAGACGCUGGAGGACAUGUCCCUGUCUUCCACCUCCUCUCUGGAUAGAAACGACACCAGUCAGGAGUACAUGGACGACUUUGACAACCUCGGAAACGGAGGCGUCGGCAUCCUGCUGCUCUCCUCCAAAAAUGAGGAAGACGACUCCGGGCUCGACCAAUCGUGCGCCAGGUUUGAUGACGACAAGGUGGUCGCUAAUUGUGUCACCAAGGCGACCGGGCUGUGUUUUCUGGAUGACGGUAUCGACUGGAGCGGCGUGAGACUCACAGGUGAACGGGGAGACCAUCAGCUGACCCGAAUCUCCCGCCGGAGACGGUCCAGUCAGCUGGACUACCACGAGCAGCUUGGUGUGUUUUCUUGGAGUCGGCUUAUUAAAGACCGCGUGUCUCUGUCGUACGCUGUCUUUCAGGACAUCCUGAACAACCUGGACUCGUGCGAUCUGGCUGAUGAUGAUCUCAUGCUGGACGCAGACUUCCCAGAGGAUGGCUCUCUGCACAGCGACGGAGACGGGCUGUCCCACAUGGCUCAGUGGAGGAAGAGGCAGCUCUGCUGGGGGACGCAGGACGUCCACAACGACAACGAAGGCCUCAGCGAUUUUCAGAGCUACAAGCUCACCGAGGAUCCUGGGAAUAAGAGGACGGACUCAAACAGGGACGGCGAGCUCGUCCUGGACCUCUGUCCUCCUACGAGGUGUGUGUGUGUGUGUGUGUGUGUGUAGACUGUUCCCAUGGUGACCACCAGGUGUCGCUGCCAUGAGAUGACGGAAAAGACGGAUCAGCAAACCCAGACGAGUGUGACGGAGAGAGAGAGCGCAGGCUGGACGCUGUGGAGAGAGCGCACGCCACAGAUACUUCACUCCUCCAAUCAGGAAGACCAGGAGCCACUGACAGGUCAAGUCCCGACGCCACCGCGAACUCAAGCUCCGCCUUCCACUAACAUCUGCUCCGCACAUCCCCAAACCCCUGCUGACAGACUCCGCGACCCCCGCGCUCCCAGCUCCACCCAUCCAGCAGCCCACGUAGGAGAGGAUGACGGGGAAAAGCAGAGGAAGGUGGAGGAGACUAAGUCAGGGGAAAGGAAGAAAACCCACGGCAGGUACCUGCAGCCGCCGCAGCCCUCCAAGCUCCGCCUCUUCCCAAAGACGAGGGCAGCACGCGACCCCGACACCAUCAGCACCUCUGGACUGAAUUUCAGAACGCUGGCCUUCACCUCCACCUCCUCCCGCCUCCCCAAACCAAAGAACCACUGAGGCGUCCGACUCCUUCCUAACACGCAGCGCCGCGAGCGCCGAACUUCCUGUGAAAGAAAACGAGAGCUGCCGAUUAUCGACACAGUUAAUUUAUUUAACCUUAUUUUAAGAAGUUGUUGAGAAUAAAGGUUUAAGUCUGAGUACGUUUCUGCAGCGAGUGGGAGGGGCCAUCACAGGUAUGUGAGGUGUUGGCUCUUCAUCACAACCUUUAACUUAAACGUCAGAGUUUUAUUGUCUUUGCAACACGCUUCGAUUAUUCUAGCAUCAACACUGAAACUG